AGCACCACCACCAGCACAUCAGCUCAUUCAGAAACCAAAGCAACAUUACCACACCUAGCCAAGAAAGAAAUACGAGGAGGAAAAGAAACAUGGUUAGUGCCAAGAGACUUGCUCAGAUGGCAAAGAAGUGGCAGAGGAUGGCGGCCAUGGGGAGGAAGAGGCUCACCCGAACCACGACAGCGGUGAAAGGAGCAGCCAAUGGCGAGUGCUGCGCGACGUCGCCGUGGGUGGCGAUGAAGGGCCACUGCAUGGUGUACACCAUAGAUGGGGCACGGUUCGAGGUGCCGCUGGCAUACCUCGGCACGUCGAUCUUAAGCGAGCUCCUGACGAUGUCCCACGAAGAGUUCGGCUUUGCAGGCGGCGAUGACGGGAGGAUCGUGCUGCCCUAUGACGCCACGGUCAUGGAGUACGCCAUGUGCUUGCUCCGGAGAGAUGCCUCCACGGAAGUCGUGAAGGCAUUCAUGAGCUCCGUCGUGAGGCCGUGCAGCUUUGAAGGCAGUGUGGUGGGCUUACGGCUUAACCAGCAAGUAGCAGUUUGUUAGCUUCUGAAGAAUGGCAUGCAGCUGUAGAGGAGCUAGAUUUAGCCCUACUCUGUUCAUUGCGUGAUGUUAAUAUACAGUAGCAAGUUCUGGAUUGGACAAGGAAAUUUAUGAAGAUUACCUGAAUUUUGUGA